AUGCCAGGAUGGAAGGGAAGAGGUCGGCUGAUGCAGGCAGAUGAAGGAGGUAGGUUAAGGCAGGUAGAUGAAGGAGGCAGGCUAAUGCAGGCAGGUUACGGCAGGAAGAUGAAGGAGGCUGCACAAGUCGCAGUCCUGCCAAUCCCAGUCGAGCCUCGUCAUGGCCGUUACACUCGCAGUGCCACAGCCAAGUCGAUCAAGCACGCCAUCUCCACGUACGAGCUCCAGGGUGGUGCGGCAAACAUGUUUAUCAAUGACGAUGGUCUUCAACUGAUCUCCGAGGAAGACCGCCAGGAACGAAUUGAGUUCUAUGCAGACCACAGCAUCGGUUGGGUUGCCCGCCCUAGACACGGCGAAAAUGGCUUCCAGCGCCGUGGCAAGUUCAAGAAGGCACCCAACAUGAACUUUGCCCUCAUGAUCUCGUGCAAGGUGGAAGAAAAGCUUAGCCAAAUCCAGAGAUCCCCGGAAUGGUCCCAGCAUGACGAAGCUCAAGCCUAUGAGCGCGCCCUCCAAGAGGUUCUCGCGGAAGAUGGCCGUGCCUGGACUGACGGCAAUAUUCGGAUGGGCGACUACAUUCUCUUGAUUGACUCGGAUACCCGUGUACCGGCCGACUGCUUGCUUGAUACUGUCUCGGAGAUGGAGCAGUCCCCCGACGUUGGUAUCAUGCAGGUUGUUCACACGUAUUUCGAGAAUGGUAUCACCUUCUUCACCAAUCUGAUUUACAGCGCUAUUCGGUAUACCGUCUCUAACGGUGAUGUUGCUCCCUUCGUUGGUUACAACGUCAUUCUUUGUUGGUCUGCCAUCCAGCAAGUCUCGUACGAGGAUGAAGAUGGCUACGAGAAGUUCUGGUCCGAGAGUCACGUGUCGGAGGAUUUCGACAUGGCUCUACGACUGCAGUGUAACGAUUACAUUAUCCGUCUUGCCGCGUGA